CACAACGGCAAUCAAACCCACAACCACAUCUGCACCAACCACAUCCACAAUGAAACCGACCACCACAACUAUAACGGAAUCCACAACCAAAAGGAUUCCCACAACCACCCCAGCCCUUACGAACCCCUGUGAGCCAAACCCGUGCCCCAAAGAUGCUAAAGGUCAGCCUGUUGCCUGUCGAGUGAAAGCUGCAGACGGGAAACAUGAGUGUGUCAAACCAGAUGAUAUGUGUAUGGUGGGUGACGAGCUGCUGGCCCGGGCAGAGAGAAGAGUUAUUGACUGCAAAAAUUGUAUCUGUCUUAACCCUGGUGCUAACUUUGCGUUCUGUGAGUCAACAUGUAAGCCAUGGACCCCAGACAUGGUUCCACCUGGCUGCCAUCUUAUCACACCUCCUGGGAAAUGUUGCCAGGAACUGGACUGUAGCGGAUCUGUUGCCGCCAUUGCUGUGUCAACCAGUACAACUCCUACGACGCCAUCUAUGGACGCGAGCACCAUUGCUCCCCUGAACCCUUGUGAGCCAAACCCGUGUCCCAAAGACGCAAAAGGACAGCCUGUUGCCUGUCAAGUGAAACCUGCAGACGGGAAACAUGAGUGCCUUAAACCGGACGAUAUGUGUAUGGUGGAUAACGAGCUGUUGGCCAGGGCAGAGAGAAGAGUUAUUGGCUGCAAGAACUGUAUAUGUCUUAACCCCAGCGCUAACUUUGCGUUCUGUGAGUCAACAUGUAAGCCGUGGACCCCUGAUCAAAUUCCACCUGGCUGUCAGCUAGUCACACCUCCUGGGAAAUGUUGCCAAGAACUCGACUGUAGCGGGGCGGCAGCGGCACCUUGACGAGAAUGAGAAGCACUAACAACAUAUGCAGCGUAUCUGACGAAAAAGCAACGGCAAAUGUAAGACUGAACAUUAUAUUUGGAAAGAACUUGAAAUAUUCAGCUAUAAUAUAGGAGACGCUGUCACGUUAGUCGAACAGACAAAUGUUUCUGUUGCUGAAAUCGUGCGUUUAUUUAGGAUAUGGAAAGUGUCAAAAGCAAUAAAAAACAAUGAGUGAAAAAUGGCA